UGGUCAGUUUAUGUUAUAUGUGGGUUCAAGUAUUUGAUUAAAUUUGUUCUUGCUAGGUUCUGGUUUAAUUCUUAAUUUUUAAAUUUUUGCUUCAAAAUUAUCUUGUUUGCGGGUGUUUUAGAAGUAUUGUAUAAUGGCAUUCAAAAAUGUCUUAUCUAUUCCAUUUCAUUGUAUUUUAUGGAGAAUGCUCUACUUAUUUGCUGGUGCUUCUUGUUGAAAUGCUUGUUUCUGGCUAACCCUUUGUUUUUAUGCUUUAAUUUAGAGUUGGGGUGGUGGGUGUAAGGGCGAGGAGGUUGUCAAGGGGAGAAGGAGCUCCUUUUUUCUUUGAUGCUUUUCGAACUUUGUUCAUUGGAUUUCAAAUCAUAUCAGAACUUGGUCUUUAUCUCCUUAAUACAAGAUUAGAAUACGGAAGGACAAUGUAAGAGAAGGAAAAAUGAAUUGCCUUGGCCAGUAGCUGUAACUUUUUCUCUUUGGAAAACAGAUGGCAUUCGGAAACUUAUGUUAUAUUAACUUUAAGAACCAUAGAAGACUAGAAGUUGUGUGUCUUGGUAUGUUGGCACCAAGAAAGUUGAUGCAAAAGAGGAAGAAAUUAGAAAAUUUUAAAGAUGCAGCUGAUGAAGCAGAUCAAAAAAGCUGGAGGAAUAUGAUGCAGGAAAUAGAUGAGACUGGUUCUGCAGUGGGGGUGCUGAGAAAUCGAAGAGCCUCCAGUGAAUCUCUUUCGAAAGACCAUGUGCUUGGGACUUUGGUUAGAUUGAAGCAGUUAAAGAAAUGGAAUCUUGUUAGCGAGAUUAUUGAAUGGCUUAGGACUCAACAAUGGUGGGACUUCAAUGAGAGGGACUUUGUGAUGCUUAUCACAGCUUAUGGGAAGCAAGGAGACUUUGUGAAAGCUGAGCAAGUGUUUAGCGACAUAAACAAAAAGGGCUAUGCUCCAAAUGUGGUAACUUACACUGCUCUUAUGGAGGCAUAUGGAAGAGGAGGCGAAUACAGUAAAGCUGAGUCUGUAUUUCGUAGAAUGCAGACUUCAGGUCCUGAACCCUCUGCUUUGACUUAUCAAAUAAUUCUUAAAAUAUUUGUUGAGGGAAACAAGUUCAAGGAAGCUGAACAAAUUUUUGAGGAUUUGACCAAUAAUGAGAAGUCACCUUUGCGGCCAGAUCAAAAGAUGUUCCACAUGAUGAUUUACAUGCAUAGGAAGGCCGGCAGCUACGAGAAGGCUUAUAGACUCUUCUGUUUGAUGGGUGAACGGGGGAUACAAAGAUCAACGGUUACUUUCAACAGUCUAAUGUCAUUUGAAACGAACUAUAAGGAAGUUUCACGUAUUUAUGACCAGAUGCAAAGAGCUGGACUCCGACCAGAUGUUGUAAGUUAUGCUUUACUCAUCCAUGCCUAUGGGAAAGCUAGGCGUGAGGAGGAAGCUUUGGCCGUUUUUGAGGAAAUGCUUGAUGCUGGGGUCAGGCCAACACAUAAAGCUUACAACAUACUGCUUGACGCGUUUGCAAUAUCGGGGAUGGUAGAGCAAGCUAAAACGGUUUUCAAGAGCAUGAGGCGAGAUAGGCUAACCCCUGAUCUAUGCUCCUAUACAACUAUGCUAUCAGCAUAUAUAAAUGCCACCGACAUGGAUGGUGCUGAGAAAUUUUUCAACAGACUCAGACAAGAUGGUCUUGAGCCCAAUGUCAUUACUUACGGGACAUUGUUGAAAGGAUAUGCGAAAGUAAAUGAUCUUGAGAAGAUGAUUGACAAGUACGAAGAAAUGGUGACAAUUGGGAUCAAACCAAAUCAAACAAUUUUCACCACAAUAAUGGAUGCAUAUGGCAAGAACAGAGAUUUUGCAAGUUCUGUGUAUUGGUUUAAAGAGAUGGAACUUCGUAGAUGCCCUCCUGAUCAGAAAGCGAAAAACAUCCUCCUUUCACUUGCUAAAACUGAAGAAGAAAUCAAGGAAGCUAAACAACUUGUGGAAAGUAAAGCAAUUGAUCAACUUUCUCGAUUUUCUGAGUACGUUAGUGAUGGUAUUGAUGAAGCAAGCGAUACUGACGAUUCUGAUGAUGAAUUGGAUGAAAAGAUUACUUCGGAGUCUUACGAAGAAAUACAGGAUGAGUUGAUGGCUAAGAAAUGUCCAUGACUAUGAGAUAUUUCUGAUAUCUCUGCUUUCAGUGACACAAUAAUGAAACCAACACAAGUAUUUAUGUUGUAGAUUCUUUGACACAAAAAGGUCCAACCUGCCUAGGCGUGUAUUCAGAUGGUGAGAGAUGUAUAACAUAUAAAGCAGCAAUGUAAUUAAAUUUAUCAUUAGCUUUUCAAUAUUUUUCUGUUCUUUUAAAUUUUGCUAAGUUGUGGAGAUCAAAAUAAAAAACUUUUUGUGUACUUAUAGAAAAAUAGAUUAAAGACAAGACAUUUUUUAGGGUUUUGAAUUUUACUUUCUUGUAUUUCAUAGUUAACAUACAUUGUUGUAUUACAUAUUUGUAUAAGAGUAUUGUAACUAGUUAACAA